AUGGAGAGGUGUUUAAAGAGGAAACUUCAGGAGGCUGAUGUUUCCCCCAGACAAAGGGUCAGUGCUGGAGGCAUCGUCAAGUCCUCCGAACCCAAGAAAGCUGGAGAUGAACCAGCGCUUAAGAGGACAAAAGCAUGCGUGCUAACAAAGCCGUUCAAAAACAGCGUUGAGGCGAAGAAAGACUUCAUCAUCCCUGGUCUUGAACCAGCAGAGGAGAAGACGACUGCAUGGGUGCUGAACAAGCUGUUCAAAUACAGUGAUGAGGAGAAGGAAGACUUCCUCAUCCCUGGACUUGAACCAGCAAAGAAAGAGUUCACCAUCCCUGGUCUUGAACCAGUGGAGGAGAAGACAGCAGCAUGCGUCCUCAACAAGCUGUUCCGGUACAGCGAUGAGGAGAAGGGGGGUUUCGCCAUAAGACGUAAGAGGACGGCCGGGGAUGGAGGAGAAGCCCCCAGGAAGAGGUCCAAGAACAGCAGUGAGUCCAGCAGCUGCUCUGUAACCUGGGAAUCUGACUCCUCUGCUCCUAACCUCAAGCUGCCUGAGUCUGGCACUGAAAAUAAGGACGGUGACAAAGAAUUAACAGAGGAGGAAAAGAUAUAUAAGAUGUCCUCCUCAGCAAACAAGAGCCAAGCUGACUUUGACUCCAAAUAUAAAGUUCUGCAUCCACUCGGCAAAGGAGGCUAUGGAAUGAUCUACACUGGCCUCAGGAUUUCAGACAAGCUACCGGUUGCCAUCAAGUAUAUCGAUGCAAAGAAAGUCAAGCGCCAAGAGGUGAUAUGCAAUGGAACGAGCUAUAACAUCAUCCUGGAGGUGGCGUUCAUGCUCAAAGCGACAGGAUUGAAAGGAGAAGUCGGCCAGUCAGCAGCAGUGUCACUCCUUGACUGGUACUCCCUGGAUGACAGACUAAUUCUGGUCAUGGAGAGACCGACGCCCUGCCUGGACCUCCAGCAGCAUCUGAAUAAACGUGGAGGAAAAUUGCGUGAGGACGAGGCAAAGGACAUCCUGAGGCAGUUGGUGGAUGUCGCCAUUGAGAUGGAAUCAAAGGGCAUCUUCCAUCGAGACAUCAAGCCUCAAAACGUCCUCAUACAGUUCCAGUCCAGGGCGUCAAGAGUGCGCCUCAUUGAUUUUGGCUGUGCCAGCUUCUCCUCAGAGAUGUUUCAUUGUUUUCAUGGUACCCGUAUAUAUGCCCCCCCAGAGUGGUUGUAUUGUGGGGCGUACCAGGCCUGCCCUACAACUGUCUGGCAGCUGGGGGUGCUGUUCUACUCCCUCCUUCAUGGGAUGUAUACGUUUACAACCAAUGACUUCAUGAAAGGCAAAGUUGAAUUCAAUUGGAGACUGUCCAAACAGACCAAAAUUCUGCUGAGGAUGUGCCUGGUCAAGAACCCCGAACAGCGAGGCACCCUGCAGCAGCUUCGGCGGCUUCUGGCUAAAAAAACUGAUUUCUACCGGGUGUAG